UGCUUUGCCUCAGAAAGCCAGUUGGUAUUACAUCACUUCAGGCCCAUUUCAGCUAUUAGUUGAGUGCAGAGACUUCCUGAUCUGUUUACGACACUCACCGAAGGUCUUUGCCGAGGGAGAGCUGCAGAGCAGGCUGCGCACAUUGGCAGAAAGUCCAGGACGCAAGGGGAGCAGAGGGGCAUCGGGAACAUCGCCUGCCCUCCCCCCCCCCCGAUCCCUUCAAGGCGCACCUUGGCCAUGUCCCUUGUGGAGACCAUCCGCCUCUGGAGCGAGGGUGUCUCUGCGGCAGAUCGCAAAGACUGGCCAGGAGCCCUGGCUGCCUUCACUGCCGUUCAGAAGCCUUCUUCCAAAAUCUGCUUUAACAUCGGCUGCAUCCACCUGAUCAUGGGGAAUUUGGAGGAAGCCCAGCAGGCUCUUACCAGAAGCAUUAACAACGACAAACACUUAGCAGUGGCCUACUUCCACCGAGGAUCUGUGGCUUACCAGAUGGAAAUGUAUGAGUCAGCCAUUAAUGACUUGAAAGAGGCAUUUGCUCAGCUGCGAGGGAACAACCUCAUAGACUACAAGAUCCUAGGCCUGCAGUUUAGGUUGUUUGCCUGUGAGGUGUUAUACAACAUAGCCCUUGCGCAUUCCAAGCUAGAGGACUGGAAGAAGGCGGAGGAGCACCUGGCAAGGGCAAUGAAACUGAAGAGCGAAACCCGUCACAACAAAAUCGACAGGGCCAUGGAAUCCCUCCUGAAGCAAAGAUUCUUUCAGCCCUUUGUGAUUCCUGAAGGGAAAUUGUUUCGGCCAAAUGAGAAGCAAGUGGCACAGCUGGAGAAGAAAGAUUACUUAGGGAAAUCUAUGGUUGUGGCUUCUGUGGUUGACAAUGAUGAGUUUUCAGGCUUUGCGCCUCUUCAGCCUCAGACAUCAGAACCACCUCCCAGACUAAAAUCACCAGAAGGCCUCAGGGCCCUGCAAGGAGAACCUCACAGAGUCCUGUACGAAUUCAUACCAGAAACAGCAGCGGAACUUGGAGUCCUUCCUGGAAACAUUGUUUUUGUCUUGAAGAAGGCGAAAGACAACUGGGCUACUGUUGUCUUUAAUGGGAAGCAAGGGAUCAUACCCUGCAACUUCCUAGAGCCAAUGGAAAGGAAAUUCUCUUCAGGCCAGCAAGGAAUUGGUGCAGAUGUUGACAUCCCUCCUCCACCCAGCUUUGCUGCCCCAGAUUGCCCUGAGAAGUGUCCCUCAGAUGAGAAAGGAGCACCACAGUUCGUUGGCCUGGACACCCCCUACAUUGUCAAAGUGCAUUACAAAUACACCAUAGCCCUGCAAGGGAGCCCUGAGAUGUCUUACUGCAACCUUUUGGAGAAAGUGUGCCUGAAGCUGGGACUCUCCCCCCAGCACACGAAACUGAGCUAUCAACCUACAGACAGCAAGGAACUGGUGCUGCUCAGUGAAGAUAGCAGGAUGGAGACCAUGUGGAGUCAUGCCAAGGACAAUUGCUUGACAUUAUGGUGCAGCAGUGAGCAGGCAGGAAAGGACGAUCUAAAUAUGGAAGAUGGAAAGGAGGCUGAGCAGAAGAUAACAAAACAGACAGAUGCCAAACAGGUUGUAGCACGGUAUACUUAUGAAGCCAGCCAGCCAGAGGACUUGGAAUUCCAACAGGGGGAGACAAUACUGGUUCUGGCUAAAGUGAAUGAUGAGUGGCUGGAAGGGGAGUGCAAUGGAAAAGUUGGCAUUUUCCCCAAAGCCUUUGUUGAAGAAGACAGCAGCCAAGACCCCAAAUCUCUUUCUACAGUGUAACAAGCUCAAAACCCCACAAAGAACCAAGAGGACCCCAAUGCGUUUUCCUCUGAAGGCAGGAAUGUCAUAAGACAUUUAAUCCAUGUUCGCUGAAUCUUCUAGGG